GAAGGUGACUUGCUUAUCUGAUUCCCAUCACCCACAUCAUUUUCAAAAUGUCGUUCGGCAAAAACUUUUCCAGCGCACUCUAUCGAAGUAUCGAUCAGGCAAAGCAUUCAAUCGCUUCGGCCAUUCGAAUGGACGUUCUGCCUCCCACGUCUGCAUCAUAUGGACGUACUCCAAUAUACAGCUUAACAUCUGCUCGAGAUGUAGAACAAUUGGCUACCGGAAGUGAUGCAGAUAUGGGCGGUGCAAGUAAGAUGCAAUUGGGAUUGGAUAGCGAAGAAGGAAAAGGUCGCUUCUAUGGAACGUUGAGCACAGAAGUGCCAGCGAAUGCUAAGCUCGAAAGAAGUGGAUAUGCUGCUUUUCGUAAUAGAACUCGAGCGACCCUAUUCGGUGCUCAAACGUGGGAUGCAACCAUGCAUCCCUAUUUACGCCUUCGUGUUCGUAAUAGACUAGCAGGUCCUCCUUCAGGUGAGGUAUCCAACAACAUCGCUGCAAAAGUCCGUUCAGCGCACACCACUCCCAGUAUCCAACGUGCAAGUGCAUAUACCCGAGCCGUUCAUGCCCUUGGUCUGGAUCGUGCCAAUGCUCCUGGCCCAAAGUACUUUGUCAACAUUCAAACCGAUGGUCCAGUAACGAGUGACUUAUUCCAACACCGUCUCCUGCUAGACGAAAGAAAGGGAAACGCAUGGCAAGAUGUCAUCAUUCCCCUGACGGAUUUCGUUUUAAUGAAUACAGGAGAAGUUGCGCCUUCACAAAUCGGAAUGAUGCGUGAAAAGCUGCGAACGAUCGGUGUAAGUGUUGUCCUAGAAUCGCCCAGUCUAGACAAUCUCAAACCGGCCAAAACGGACAACUCUCGGGGAUCCGCUCCUGAUGCUUUGAGAUCACAAACAAGCUCAGAAGAAGGAGAAAAUGAAGGUGCACCGCAAGUCGCAAAAGGGAGCAGGAGAGGUUUGAAGUAUAAUUUCGAUCUGGGAAUCGAACAUAUCGAGGCAAUAAGCGAUGAUGCAUUAAUCGAAGAGGGGAUCACGAUUGAACAACAUUGAGGGAGAAAAAGCGAAUCACUUGUGUACAGUAUACGAAUGAAAUUUGUUAAUUGCGAAGAGAGGAGCUUCCGGAGUGGGAAUGAAGCUCCUGAGAUUUACGGCGCUCCGAAA